CGGCGCCAAUCACGCAAACACGCACAAGCAAGCAAGUGAAGACAGCAAACAAGCAAACAAGAAGCACAGCCAUGGAGCGGUUUGUGGUGCGGGUAAAGGCUGUGCCAAGGCCCAGGAAGAAGAGGGAGAAGAAGCGGCUUCGUCAAGUCACCAUCAACUCCCUCAAGGAGGUUGAGAAACUGAGGAAAGAUGCCAAAGAGCAAGAGGCCAAUGGCGAAGAGCGCCCGCAACGAAGGCCGCCAAAGAAGAACGACAAACAAGACAAGAAGCUCCUCCGACAAGCCACCAUCGGCGCCAUGAAGAAAGUCGUGCCGGUGAAGGAAGUGAAUGAGCUGUCGCAGCGCAUGCGUGAGCACAUGCACGAUCCGGACACACUGCUGGAGUGCCUGAACCGCCUGACAGAGAAGAUCUUCGAGCCCAGCGUGCUGCUCAAACUGGACGUUGGUCGUGUUGUGCGCCGCCUCACCAAACACCAGAACCCCAAAGUCGCACAAGCAGCCAAGGCGCUCAAGACCGAAUGGACGGCGCGGAUUCAAGCGCCACCAAAGCCGUUAUUGGAAGUGAAGGCGGGCGGCAAGGAUGAAACGGUGCGUCGUGGGUUUCGCCAGAUGAUUGCAAAGCCGUUACGAGGACACGCAGAACAUACGCAGGACGCGACAGCUGGCGAGGGGGGUGGCACGGACCUGUGCGAUGAGCGCGCGAAGCAGCUGGAGGUGCACGUCUUCCGCUCGAAACACGAGGACCGCCCGUCUGCCGGGUACAAACGCACGUGCCGUCAGCUCUCGCGCAUGCUCACAUACAACGCAGACAUCGCCCACCAGGUCCUCGAUGGUUCACUGCUGCCGUCAACUGUCGUCGCCGUCGCCGUGCAGUGGUCUGUCAGCGGCAAGGUGGAGCUCCCUCAGACAUGAUGAUGAUGAUGAUGAUGAUGAUGAUG